AUGUUGGAGAAGCGAAACUCUGCUGAACGCAGCAGAGGUGACACGGACGCCAGCAACAAGGACAUGGGCUCAACGCCCACAGGCGCAGGCGCAGGCGCAACGGCAGGGCCCGACGAAGCGGUGGUGGCUGCCGCAGAAGGAAAAGAAGCUUCCAUGCCGCAGGAGGUAAUACGCAAUUCAGCCCCGAACUCUACCCAGGAUGGCGGCUUUGCAGGAGACGACGAUGAGAAGCGAGUAUUCACGGGCGGUGGAAAUGAGACGAGGUCACCGUCGCCGUCGCCUUCGAAUUCAGACUGCGAGUCGCAUCGAGAUGGCGACGAGAAAGGUGGUCGCAAGGGAUUUAUUGGCGCGACGGUGGGAUUUCUUACGUGGACGCCGAGGAAGUUACGAUAUGAUCCCAAGAAUCCUCCGCAAUUCACGCUCGGGCUCAACUUUUUGUUCGCGGUUGCUGCGACGUUCACCGUCGCCAACCUGUACUACAACCAGCCGGUCCUCAACAGGAUCGCAGAGACAUUCAACGUCAGCUUCGAGAGGGCAUCAUCGGUCGCGACGCUGAUGCAAGCCGGGUAUGCAGCAGGCUUACUCUUCAUCUGCCCGUUGGGCGACAUGCUACGCCGACGACCAUUCAUCCUAGGCCUCAUCUGGGUGACAGCAAUGCUAUGGCUCGGUCUCUGCCUAACAAACUCCUUCCAAGCCUUCCUAGGCCUAUCCUUCAUCGUCGGCGCUACAACAGUAACACCACAACUCAUGCUCCCGCUCGUAGCAGACAUGGCACCCCCCGAACGCAAAGCAAGCUCCCUAUCCAUCACGACAUCAGGCCUCAUGCUCGGCAUGCUCAUCGCGCGGCUGCUCUCGGGAAUCGUGGCGAACUAUACCUCCUGGCGCAACAUCUACUGGUUCUCUUUCGGGGCGCAGAACUUGCUGCUCGUCCUGCUAUUCUUCUUCGUGCCGGAUUACCCGUCGACAAACCCGGACGGGCUGAAUUACUUUAGAGCGCUGUGGACUAUUGUGACGAUGUUGUUUACGGAGCCGAUACUGGUACAGGCGUGUCUGAUUGGGUUCUUCAUUAGUUCCAUCUUUACGUCCUUUUGGACGACGUUGACGUUUCUGUUGGCUUCGCCGCCGUAUGAGUACCCCUCCAUCACGAUCGGCUUGUUCUCGCUGAUUGGUAUCGCCGCGAUUUGUGGUGGGCCGGUGUAUGGGCGUCUCAUCAUGGAUCGAUAUGUGCCGUGGCUAUCCUCUGUGCUCGGGCAGACGGUCAUCCUCAUCGGGUGUAUCAUUGGUGCUUUCACGGGUACCUUUACCGUUGCUGGACCCGUGAUCCAGGCGAUUUGCAUCGAUAUGGGGAUUCAGACUGCACAGACUGCCAACCGGACUGCGAUUUACACCAUUAACCCCAAGGCGAGGAACCGGGUGAACACGGCGUACAUGGUAUGCGUGUUCUGCGGGCAGUUGACAGGUACGGCGGUGGGGAAUAGGUUGUAUGCGCAGGGCGGGUGGAAGUACAGCGCGGGCACCUCCAUUGGAUUCAUUGGAUUGUCGUUGAUCAUCACCAUGCUCAAGGGUCCACGGGAGAAGAGCUGGAUCGGAUGGAGCGGCGGAUUCAAGCUUCGCAAAGACGCGCCGAAAGCUCAGCCGACCUCGCCCGAAGAAGCACAGGGGCCGGUAGAGGAGCCGGUGGAGAAGAAGACGGAUAUCGGCGCCGGUGGUGAUGAGAAUCGGCGGUGA